UUAUUAUGUUUUUCAGCGGUUUGUGUAAAUUGUGGUGCUAUUGGUGUUAAGCACUCAUUUUAUACAAAACUAAGAAAUUUCUGCAGUCAAGCUUGUGUUAAAGCAGUAAUGGAAAAGUCUGCAGUCUAUUGGUCUGGAGAAUCUCAAAAAAAAAAUAUUGCUGAAGAACUAGAAUCUUCUUCUACUUCUGUAAAUGAUGAGCAUUUAUUUACUGAAAUGCCCAAAAUUGAUGUGAAUAUGGAUAAUUAUCUUAUUCCUGCUGCAAAUAGUGAAGUUAAAGCUCACCAAAUUGUGGAAGAUGAAUCUGAAUCUGAUGAUUCACUUUCUUUUACUACAUAUCCCACUGAAGAAGAUUUAUUGUUUCCUCCUGAUAAAAAACCUUGUCGACCAAUUCCUCAAACAUAUGAUUGGGUGAAAGAUUUGACUAACAAAAAUUAUGAUGUUGUUCCUGUUCAAUGUUUCCGUUAUGCUCCUAUGGCUGAUUGUUGGGAUGAUAUAGCAGUUGGAAUUAAAGUUGAAGUUGUAAAUACAGAUUGUGAUAAUUUUAGUGAAGAAUUUCCUGACUACUAUUGGGUUGCUUCUAUAAUUAAUAUUGCAGGAUAUAAAGCGAAAUUACGUUAUGAAGGGUAUGACUCAGAAGAAAGUAGUGAUUUUUGGGUAAAUUUAUGUUCUUGUGUUGUACAUCCAGUUGGGUGGUGUGCAACAAGGGGUAAACCAUUAAUACCUCCAAAGUCUAUUCAAUCAAAACAAUGUGAUUGGAAAGAUUUUUUAGUCAAGCGUUUAACAGGAGCUAGAACAUUGCCUACAAAUUUUCGUUUAAAAAUAUUUGAAUCUCUGAAGUCAAAAUUUCGAAUUGAUUUGAAUUUGGAAUUAAUUGAUAAAGAACAUAUAUCAAAAGUUAAGGUAGCCAAAAUACUUAAUAUAAUUGGUAAACGGUUAGAACUAAGGUAUUAUGAUGAUGAAGAACAAGUAUUUUGGGUACAUGAAGACUCGCCAUUAAUUCAUCCAGUUGGUUGGGCUGGCCGAGUAGGUCAUAGUUUGUGUGCUCCUGAUGAAUAUUGUGAUAGAACAUCGAAAGGUUUACGUGAUAAAGAUGAUGCUACAGAAGAUCUAUUUCCAAUGUCAAUACCAUUUAAGUCAGGAUUUCAAGUUGGAAUGAAGCUGGAAGCUAUUGAUCCUUUAAAUCUUGCAUCAAUAUGUGUUGCAACAAUUAUGAAAGUAUUGAAUGAUGGUUAUUUAAUGAUCUCUAUUGACUUUUAUAACAGUACACCAAAAGAUUGGUUUUGUUAUCAUUGUACAUCAGCAAGUAUUAUGCCAGCUGGAUUUUGUGAAGCACAUGGCAUUAAUUUAAAACCUCCUCAAAAUUCAAUUAACCCUUUUAUAUGGAAUGACUAUCUAGUCAAUUCUAGCAGUAUAGCAGCUCCAGAAUAUCUCUUUGACACGGAAAUACCUGAUCAUGGAUUUAAAUGCGGUAUGAAACUUGAGUGUACUGAUUUAAUGAAUCCUCAUUUAAUAUGUGUGGCAACUAUAGUAAGAACAGCGGGCAGGUUAGUUGAAGUUCAUUUUGAUGGAUGGGAAAAUGACUUCAACCAAUGGUUAGAUUGUUGCUCAUCUGAUAUAUUUCCAGUUGGCUGGUGUGAAUUAGUUGGCUAUAAAUUAGAAGGACCUAUCACACAACCUGUUCAAGAGCAUCGGCCUAGUAAACACAAAAAGAAAAAAUCAAAAAAACAUCAACGUUUACCAACUAAAAAAGCAACUGUACCACCUUUAGUAAUUCAUACAAAGGUUCCUACUUCUUGUUAUACUUCUGUGGAUGUCUGUCAAAAAUGGACUGCCGACAAUAAAAUAACUUGUGUACGAAGUCCAGUUUCAGCAACAGAACCAUUAGGUCCAGAUCAAUCUCUACCAGUUGCUAGUGUAAAUAAUGCAACAAGUAUUAAAGAAGAUAAACCAGAACGAUCAUUUUUGGAAAAAGAUACUAAUAUGUGGAACGAAAGAGAUGUAUCAGAGUUUUUACUUUUUAAUCAGUGCGCUACAUAUUGUGAUGUUUUUUUAAGCCAAAAUAUUGAUGGUUUACAAUUGCUGAAUCUCACCAAAGAAGAAAUUAUACAUAUGACAGGAAAUAAAGUUGGACCAUCACUGAAAAUAUUUGAUCUUAUACAAAAAUUAAAAAACAAAUCUAAAAGAAAAAAAUACCUGUGAAUUGACCUUAUGACUUGUGUUUGUGGUUGUAUAUGCAAAUAUAAUUUAUGUUAUAAUAUUUAUAAUGAUAAUUGAUAAUAAUAAUUAUUAUUACUACCUAUGGUUAUUAGAUCGAAUUAAACGAAAUGUUAAAUAAAUAUGUAUUUAUAGUUAAAAUACUAAAUAGUCUAGUGAACAAGUGAACACUAUUCGACUUAGAUUGGUUAAAUAGUUUUAAUCUAUAUUUUAAUAUAAUUAGGAAUAAUAACAGACUAAUAAUGGAAAUCAUUUUUGCUCAACUAGUAAUUUUAAAUCUGAUUGAAAUAAUAUUCAUAAUUUUUAGAAAAUUUUAAUUUUUUUAUGAAUGAUUGUAAUAUUCUAAAUUAUGUUAAAUUGUUUAUUAUAGUAUACAUGAGAGUUUCAUAUGAACACCAAAAUUAGUGUUAUUUUACAAAUUCUUAACUUAUUAGAGACAAAUGACUUAAGUAUUGUUGAGCUUUUAAUCUGUUGACUAAAAUUAUUUGAGAAAUCACUUGUAUAAUACCUACAUUACUAGAAAGAUUUGUACAAUUUUAAUUCUAUUAACUUUUAUUUUUUUAUUAAC